AGCACGCCGGCCGCUCUCCGCCCGUGUCUGUGCGCGAAAUUCCGGCCAGGUCUCCCCGCCAUGGCUCUCCCGACACCUGUCGAGGGCGCCCUCCCGGCGGAAGCCCGAGGACGAGGACGGCGAAGGAGACUCGUUUGGACCCCGAGCCAAAGGGAGGCCCUGCGAGCCUGCUUUGAGCGGAACCCCUACCCGGGCUUCGCCACCAGGGAAGAGCUGGCCCAGGCCAUCGGCAUGCCGGAGCCCAGGAUCCAGAUUUGGUUUCAGAACGAGAGAUCACGCCAGCUGAGCCAGCACCGGCGGGAAUCUCGGCCCUGGCCCGGGCAACGCGGCCCGCAAGAAGGCAGGCGAAAGCGCACCGCCGUCACCCGGUCCCAGACCGCCCUGCUCCUGCGAGCCUUCCAGCAGGAUCGCUUUCCCGGCAUCGCCACCCGGGAAGAAUUGGCCAGAGAGACGGGCCUCCCGGAGUCCCGGAUUCAGAUUUGGUUUCAGAACCGGAGGGCCAGGCACCCAGGCCAGGGUGGCGGGGCACCGGCGCACGCAGGCGGACCGGGCAACGCGGCCCCCGGCGUGUGUCGCCCUGCUGCUCCCCCGCCGGUCGCCUUCACCCACACCGGGGCGCGGGGAACGGGGCUGCACGCAGCCCACACGCCCUGCGCUCCGUGGACUCUCCCACAGGGGUCUUUCGUGAGCCAGGGAGCGGGGCUCGUCGCCCCGCUCCAGCCCAGCCGGGCUGCGCGGGCAGCGGGGCUCACCCUUCCUGCCACCUCAGGCGGGGAUUGGGGUUUUUCGUGCGCUGCCCCGGCUACUCCGCAAGGGGGGCUCUCCCACCCUCCGACUCCGCGGGGGUGGCCUCCGCACCCGAGCCAACGCCGGGGGGAUCAGGACGCGCAGCACCACAGCCUGCCGGGCCCUUGCUGG